UUGGUUGCUUCACACCGUCUCGUUGGUCGUUCGUUGUUUGUUAUGUCGAGACUUUUUUCUGUUUUUUUCGGAAGUGAUUUUUUGCUUUACAGCGAACAUCCGCUGUGAAUAAAAGUGAGCGUAUCUUUUGGCAGUUGGACGUUUUUGGAAAUUUUGUAACCGCAACAAACAGAGAAAGUUGCAUAGAACAUAGAAUUUUCCGAACCGAUGCACCACCGAUGGUGUUGCAAUUGUUAUCACAACCCAUACCUACGUUGAAUAAAAUUGAUGCAAUUCUUGCGACAGAAGGCAAAGCAAAGAGUGACAAGAUAGGUGAUUAUCGGGAAGAAAACUAGACUACGAUUGCGUCAUUUGUUAUGAAUUAAAGUAGAUAAGUACAGGCGUGAUAGUUCAAGUGUGUCACGGCUAGUAAAAAUAUCGAAACGAAUGAAUUUUUAAUUUUUUGUCUGAGAUAUUCUCCUUUGUGCUAUAGGAAGUGUGAAAUUAGGUUUAACCUGAGCGUGGAGCGCGCUGAAGAUAUCAAUGGAGCUGAUAGUUUUUGUGAUGGAUAACAGCCGGCUAGAAGCGAUUCGUACAAAGUGAUUGUUAAAUUUUAACGCUUCAAGGUGAAUUGGUUAGAGAAAAAGUAGUGCAAGGUGAAAAACUGUUUUCUGCAAGUGAUUUAAAUCGGUGAUCAAAAUGUCUGUUCAAGCAAAGCGCCAGCACUGUUAUCUGUGCGAUCUGCCCCGGAUGCCUUGGGCCAUGAUCCACGAUUUUACGGAAGCUGUAUGCCGAGGAUGUGUAAACUAUGAAGGAGCUGAUCGAAUAGAGCUGGUGUUGGAUACGGCUCGACAAAUGAAACGAAUUCAUGCUGGUGCCGGCGGUGGAGGUGGAGGCGGUGGCGGAGGUGGAUCUGCAGGUAGCGGAAGUGGCGGUGGCAAGCGUGGUCAUGAAAACGGUGAAAUGCCACACCGGUCAGUACCGCAGGCACAUCACCACUAUUCCGUACGCGCGGGACCCAACGGACCGACGUUGGUUGAUUUCACACCCAAACACGAGGCACAUGACAUACCCGGAGUUCGCCCGGGGGCACGGCUGCAGCAGCAUAUGCCACCGCAUCAUCUACCACACGCCAACCGACAGCAGGUUCCGCCGGCACUUUCUGUCAACUUGAAACGACCACCGCCGGAGGACGACGAACAUGGCCCAAUGGAUGGCCCGACGGGCAGUGCCAAACGUGGACCGGAGGAUCCGGUUUCCAUUCAACGGCCGCCGCUAACGCGCGGCGAAUCCCUGCCGGCCGUACCGUUCGUUCCGGAUCGGCAGCCCAGCUACAAGGAUAAGCACCCGGUGCGAACCGCUUCCUUUGAUACGGCUACGUUCAAACCUGCCGACCAAAAGCAUCAAAAUAUGGGGAUUUACGUGAACGCCCCUGUUGUGCAACGUUAUAAAUUGUACCCGACCGUGAUACCGAUCCCACCGGUUUCGAUGGGCGACUCGACGCCGCCGACCCCAUCGGUAGCACCCCUGCAAAGUCCGAUGGCAAAUCUAAUGUCGAUCACGGAAACCCUUCCACCGGGCAGCCCACGAAACGGUCCCAGCCCACCGGGACCGCCACCGCCGCGUACGGCUUCGCGGGGUUCCCAGCAUUCGCCGAACAGCUCCGGAUCCUCCAGUGGUCGCCGUUCCUCCGGUUCUCGGCACGUUUCUAGUACGACGGUAACAUCAAGCGAAACACAACAAUCGAACCAGCCCGGAGUGCCUGGCGGUGCAUCCACCCCCAACGGAAGUGGAUCCAACGGUGGCAACGGUAGCACAACACCGGUCACACUGGGUCCGUUAGGUGGACCAGCCAUCGGUGGACCACAACAGCCACCCCAAUCACAGUCGGGUCCUCAACCUCCUCCAGAUGCCGUGGCAGGUAUGGCUCCCGGGCCCGGUGGCCCACCUGGCACUCCCGGGGCAUCCGGUCCUCCAGGACCAGGAGCUCCGCCGGGCAUUACCGGUCCACAGCCGAACAACGGCACCGGAGGACCCGCACCGGCUCCAGCACCAAAUCCUACGCUCAAAUGUACAAUCUGCCAGGAACGGUUGGAAGAUACCCACUUCGUCCAGUGUCCUUCAGUGGGUCAUCACAAAUUCUGCUUCCCCUGUAGCCGCGAGAGCAUCAAACGUCAGGGCUCCGGUGCCGAAGUGUACUGCCCGAGCGGCGAAAAGUGUCCGUUGGCCAACUCGACGAUACCGUGGGCGUUUAUGCAGGGUGAGAUCGCGACCAUUCUUGGCGAGGAGCUAACGAAGGUGAAAAAGGAGCGCGAAACGUAGAGCUAUGGUAGCGACGGUGACGAGCUGACGUCGUCCUCCUACCGAUAUUUGUACCACUACAACAGCAGCAGCCACCAACACCACCACCAUCACAAUGGCAACGGCAGCAGCAGCAGCAGCAGCAGUAACAACGACGAUGUUAGAGAUAGCAGACACAACAGCAGCAGCUACUAUCCGCCGGAUUUAGCAACUCGGCGUGAUGGUGGCGUUGAUCAGCAGUACAUAUUGUCACAACAGCAAUCGCAUCCGCGGAUACACCAGCCGCUAGCAUCGGCCUCCUGGCAGCUGGCAGUAGCCGGCCAUAGCCUAAAUGAUACUGCCCAGCAGCCUGCGUUGUCGGGUGGUUGGGAAUUCAGCAGCAUCGGAACACGCAGCGUACUCGAUUGAAAGGCCAUAGUGCUAAUACAAAUUAGAAAGCAGCGAGAGAAUCUCGUCAGAGGUACGUUCUUAGGGAUGAUUUUGACAAACUAUUGGUAAUCCAUAAGUCGAACGUGGUGUUGUAAUCUUCAUAAGAAACUUUUUUUUUGGAGAGGAAACACCAUGCCGUAGAGCGAACACAAUUGUUGUACAUAAUCAAAAUAGCAUUAGUUGAGGAUUGCUCCUUUUCCUUCCACGGUAGGAUAAACGGGGCGUUUAAUUUUUGUCUUUUGCGCAGACAGAAGACCGACGGAAAUUUUUGGCAUAUCUCGGGCAACCCAUCGGUGAUCGAAUGGGACGGGAUUUAAAAUACAAACAAACACACACACACACAUACACAUACACACUAAUCUUUUGUAUGUUUUCUUUUUUGCAAAACAGUGCAAAUAUCGAUAUGCACAAAUAACUUAGUCGUAACAGAAAACACACAGAAUUCUUAGUGAUAAACGUAAGUUGGGUAAGACAGUAAAAAAAAACAGUAGAAGCAAAUAAUAUUGUGGAUAAUCGAGAAAAGUACACGUGCAUACUACUGUGUAGAAGUUGAAAUAUCCCUUGCAAAAAUAUGUUUGUUUUUUUAUACAGAUUUUUAAUUAGUUAAGAUUUUUAUAUUUUAACGUGGAGAAAAGGCACGUAUAAUUGAUUAUACAACAAUAAAAAAACAAUAAAAUAGCCACUUAUGAAGCAGUUGCUAUACAGUAGCCAGUUUAGAUGUAUUCUACAGUGUAAACAUAUUUGCAUAGGAAGAAGCAGUCAAGCAUAAGAACCAUGUUUUUGUAAAAAAAAGAAGCGAAAUGUGAAACAAAUCAAAUAACUCUAUUUUAAGAGUUGACUUAUUUAAUUUUUAUUGCUAUUAUCUCUAUUCAUAACCCUAAACAGCCUAUAAGCCUAUAUAUUUAUGAUUAGUUGCUAGCUUUUAACUAUGAUACCUGUAAAUAGCCAAGAGGUUCUUCUAGAGCAUAGGGAAGAAAAAGAAGAAAAAACACCUUUUUUUUGUUUUUAAUUUAACAAUUUUAAAUGGAGGAAAAGAAUAAUGUUACAGAGAUGAACCGAUUCAUAAAUACAGAGCAAAAUUAU